AUAUACAAGGACCCGAGGACGCGAAGGCUGAGGAGGGAAAACAGCGCGGAGCAUAACCUUUUAAAGUCCCCAAAAAAAAAAAAAAAAAAAAAAAAGGAAAGCCAGAAACAGAGAAUCCCGGUUCAACAGAGACGAAGCCGUAGAGUGGAGCUAAAUUAUCCACAGGUUUAUUGUCUUUUGGGGUUUAGAAGAAAAGAGGAAAACCCAGUCGCAAUGGCGGGUCGAGUGAGUGGAGGACAGCUGAUUAUUCCCAAUGAGAAUUUGGGCAUUCACCAAAAAAAGCCUUUUGUUGAUGGAAAGACGGCCAAGAGUUUUGGAACAGCUAGUACAAAGAAGGGUGGACUGGCGACUGGAACUCGAAAGGCUCUCAAUGAUAUCACCAACAAAUCUACCAUUCACCAUGAAGCAUCAUCAAAGAAAACUGCUUUACCAAAGGAGGAAUUCAAUGAAGCAGAAGAGAAGUUUUUGCAUGAUCACAAAAAGUGCAUUGAGGCACAACGAAAUGCACUCAAUGCUUUUCAAUUGGAAAUGGUGCUUCCUGGAAUCGAUGUCUGUUGUAAUGCCGAAAAAGCCCAGUCUAAACAAAAAAAGAGUGAACAUGACCUCGAAAGCCCUCGCUGCUAUCGAGAGCCAGCAGAGUUGCCCAUGUCAGAGUUUUCUGAUUGGUUUGAGUCUUCAACUCAAUGGAUCUCUCCACCAUGUUCUCCACUGAAAUUGGACUCUCCACCAUCUUCACCCUUCACAUGGCAAUUUGGAACAGUUGAAUUUGUGCUGAGGGAAGAUAAUUGAUGUUAAAUGCGACCCAAGCAAUCGACUUCUUUUUCGUUCGAAAUAUUAUUCAGAAUUACUGUUAUAAAACUUGAUAUCUGAUUUCCCAUCAGUAAUUGUAGAUUUGUUUCCAUUGUAGCUGUUCACUAAAGUUUUGCUUGAGGAGAAAAUGGUAUCAAGAAGAGUGACCAUUUUGUGAUAUUUUUUGGUUAUACAACUUGUGUAUGAUAGGACCCCACUGGACCUUUCCUCCUAUUCACUUAAUUCUGUAUGACUUGUUUAGAAGACACGGUUAAUUCCAUUUUAAACCCGCUUGGAUACGAAAA